UGCUCGACCAAGCAGAAACGUCAUUUCACGUGUGACAUUUCACGCUGCCGGCAAGCAAACAAAGCGCCGGCGUUCGGCGUCUCUGCGAUGGGAUGGUUGAUUUUCACGAAACUCUGAAAACAUUCCUUUCGCUGGGAUGCGAAGAUGAGCCGCUUUGCUAUGCGGCGGCCCGCGUCUACAUUCAUCUCAAAGAAGAAAAACGCAUGGCGGACGUGCAGUAUCAGUACGAGAAGGAGCUCCAGUUGCUCUAUCUAACAGCACGGAAGGAUGCGGAGGCGUUGACCGACCUAUUCAUCCCGUCGGUAACAACGGGUGCAUUGAAUUUAGUGCAGGUAAAGCAUUACAGAGAAGUGAUCACACUGCCCGACGGUGAGAAGCCGAAAAGUAUCGUGCUGGCGAUCUGUGAUCCGAGUUCCACCGUGCUACUCUACCGGAUGACGCUGGGUUUGAAGGAAAUCGGCCAGAAGCUACCGUCGAAGGGGAAAAUGCUUCGGCAAAGGGCAGAGACGGGCAGUGCUAAAGGAAAUCAGUGAAAAAUCCAACAGAAACGGUCUGCGAAAGUGCCGACAAAUGCGUGGACAUGUGAUUUUAUUGUAAAUGGUGUAAAAAUAGUAAUAAUGAUCCAAUGGUUCACAAAAGCAAAUAAAAUUCACCAUUGAAAGGGCUAUUUUUGUUCGAUAAA